AUGCCCCGGGAUCCUUUAAUUGGGCUGGUGGGCAAGGUCCGUCUUUCCCAUCCCAAUGUCAAGACCCCGCUGACCAUUUUGACCGAUGCUACGUCCAAAGUCGGCAAUUUUCCUUUCACGACCAUUGACCCUCAGCGAGCCAUCGGAUACCUUCAGAUUGAAUGCCCAUGCCAGCGACACAAUGUUUCAGACCGAUGCCAGCCGAACUAUGGUGGUUGUCAUGAAGGGCGACGCUCCGUCCCCAUCGAACUACUGGACGUUGCAGGGCUUGUACCAGGAGCGCAUCAGGGACGAGGAUUGGGAAACAAAUUCUUAGACGACCUGCGGCAUGCCGAUGCCCUAAUUCAUGUGGUGGAUGUGAGUGGAACCACAGAUGCUGAAGGAAAAGCUACACGAGGAUACGAUCCUUCCGUGGACAUUGAAUGGCUACAUUCAGAAAUUGUGCGAUGGGUGCUAGGAAACUUGAUGGAGAAGUGGGGAUCUAUAAAGCGGAGACAUGUCGCAACCAAGGCAAACCCGAUCGACACAUUACAGGGCCAGUUCUCCGGAUACGGAAGUACCUCUUCCAUCGUUGCACGGUGUCUGGACCGUCUCGGUCUGAAGGAGCCUCUUGAGUUGUGGUCAGAUGAAACAGUUGAGACCGUGGUCAAGGCCUUCAUUGAUGAAAAGUUCCCCACGGUAUACGCCCUGAACAAGAUUGAUCACCCCGAUGCGGACAAGAAUAUCAGCAAAAUUGCCAAGAUGCAAGAUCCUCAGUCUAUUGUCCUUUGCUCCGCUAUAUCAGAAGUUUUCCUUCGGCGAUUAGCCAAGCAGGGGUACAUUAAGUAUGUGGAAGGUAGCGAAUUUUUGGAUACCCGGGAAGAUUUGAUCGACAUGGGGGAACCGGACGGCGGAGGCCUCAAGGAGAUGGACGAGAAGUUGAAGGCCCGAGUCGAGAACUUGAAAGAUAUGGUGCUGUACCGAUUCGGGUCCACUGGUGUGGUCCAAUGUCUUUCUCGAGCUGCAGAGCGUUUGGGCCUGGUACCCAUCUUCCCAGUGAGAAACGUACAGACGUUCAGCUCAGGAGCUGGAAGUGCGGUAUUCCGCGAUUGUGUUCUGGUCAAGAAAAAUAGCACAGUGGGGGACGUGGCUCGAAAAGUGAUGGGUGAUGUGCCCAUCUCCUAUGUUGAAGGAGUAGGAGGUACUCGAGUAUCUGAAGAGGACAUUGUUGCAGUUGGGAAAAACGAUAUCCUAUCUUUCAAGGUUGGUCGGUAA